AUGGUGAAAUCAGAGUUGAAAAAGCCGAGCAACAACAAGCAUGUGAAUGUGAUUGUGAUUGUGUUGAUGAAGCUUGCACUGUCAUGCCUCUUGUUGGGUCUAGCCAUCCACCUCCUCUUCUUCUUCUCUGAUUCAUCCCACAAUGAGCUUCUCUGUGCUUCAACCAACGAAACACAAACCGCCGCUAACAAUAAUGCGGAUGAACAAGAAGAAGAAGAAGAAGAAAAGUGUGAUCUUUUUGUGGGAGAUUGGGUGGCUGACCCAUCUCCCCCACUCUAUACUAAUGAAAGCUGCCUUCUCAUUGAAGAUCACCAGAACUGCAUGAGGAAUGGACGCCCUGAUUCUGAGUUCCUCUACUGGAAGUGGGCCCCACGGGCCUGUGGGCUACCCAGGUUCAGCCCAACCAAGUUCCUUCAUAUCAUGAGGGAUAAAUCAUGGGCCUUCAUUGGUGACUCCAUCUCCCGUAACCACGUUCAGUCUCUACUCUGCAUUCUCUCCCAGAUAGAAGCAGCCCAAGAGGUGUACCAUGAUGAGGAAUUCAAAUCAAAGAUAUGGAAGUUCCCUUCUUACAACUUCACACUCUCAGUAAUAUGGACCCCGUUCCUUAUCAAAGCAGAUAUAUUCGAAGACUCAAACGGACUUUCGUCCUCUGAAAUCCAGCUUCAUCUCGACACCCUGGAUCACAAAUGGACCAACCAAUACCACAAUUUCGAUUACGUCGUCAUAGCCGGAGGCAAAUGGUUCCUCAAGACCGCAAUCUACCACGAAAACGGAACCGUCAGGGGAUGCCAUUAUUGCCCUGGAAAGAAUCUGACGGAGCUAGGAUUCGACUACGCAUACCGCAAGGCGUUGCGGCAGGUCUUCCAUUUUCUAACAAACUCUAACCAUAAAGCAACCGUUUUCUUCAGAACUACCACACCGGAUCACUUUGAGAAUGGAGAAUGGUUCAGUGGUGGUUAUUGCAAUAGAACAGUACCUUUCGAAGAGGAUCAAGUGAGGCUAAGUGACGUGGAUUCCAUGAUGCGAGGGAUUGAACUCCAAGAGCUUGAGAAGGCGGCAGCGUGGGAACAUGGCGCCAGGCUGAAACUUUUGGACACAACAAGAUUGGCUUUGUUGAGGCCUGAUGGACAUCCAGGACCGUACAGACAGUUUCAUCCCUUUGCAAAUGAUAUGAAUGCGAAAAUUCAGAAUGAUUGUUUGCAUUGGUGUUUGCCGGGACCAAUUGAUUCAUGGAAUGAUACUGUACUACAAAUGUUGCUCAAUGGCAGAUCAUAG